AGAUGGACGAGGUUGUUUUGAAAAAUACCCAAUAGGCUAAAAACGAGAGGUUGUUGAUUCCUUGUUUGAACCGUCGUCACCUUCACCAUGGGGGCAUCUAUAUUCAAAUCUGCACGAAAACUACAACACUCGUCAUUAGUCAUCACUCAUCACCAUUGUUGUUGGAAGAAGCCAAUCACCAAUUUUUUUUUUUUGAUCCGCUGAAGCCAAUCACCAUUCACACGCGUCGAAAACGACCUCUUCACCUACUCCCGUUUCUCCGUGCGUCUCACCUGGUCGAUCAAAGUCCUCAACCAACUCUUCCACUCCUAACACCACUUUUGCUUUCCACUUCCAUAUAAAUAACUCAUUUUUUCCAGAAAAAAAAGAAAAGAAAUACCCAUAUGAAAUUUUCUUGCAGUAAUUAUUCGUGAUGGCUUUAGAGGGUGUUGUUAAGGUUAAGGUGGGAUGUGCUGUUCCUCGUCUGGGUUAUGGAGAUUUGGGUUUUAAGCAUUCUGGGUUUGCAUUUUGUUGGGUGAGAGACAAGGAGAAAGGUCGCAAGUGGGAUUGUCGUGGUGUGUUUUCAGGUUUAUCGCCGAUACGAUCUGUUGACGGUGAGAGCUCUUCAAAUUCAAAUUCAGCGGCUGAAUUGCAGCGAUUGGUUGAUCAGACAGAAGGAAAUGGGUCCAGGAAGCUGCAGAAAGACUCGAGCUCCUCUCUUCCAAGGCCAUUAACUCUUUCUUCGUCUCCAAAUGAUGGAACAAAAGUGCGGAUAUCAUUUAGGGGGCUACCAGGUGCCUACAGUGAGGAUGCUGCACUCAAAGCCUAUCCUGGAUGUGAAACUGUUCCUUGUGACGAGUUUGAAGAUGCAUUCAAGGCUGUUGAGCUCUGGCUGGCUGAUAAAGCAGUUCUUCCUAUUGAAAAUACGCUAGGUGGAAGCAUUCACCGCAACUACGAUUUACUCCUUCGUCAUAGGCUUCACAUAGUGGGUGAGGUGCAGUUGACAGUUAACCUCUGCCUUCUUGCAUUACCAGGUGUCCGAACAGAGCACUUGAAACAUGUUCUCAGCCAUGCCCAGGCACUUGCCCAAAGUGAUAUUUUCCUGACCAAGUUAGGUGUUGUCAGAGAAAACGUCGAUGAUACAGCUGGUGCUGCCCAGUUGGUAGCCUCAACUGGACUUAGGGAUGCUGGUGUUGUUGCAAGUGCUCGAGCUGCAGAAAUUUAUGGCCUAACUAUACUUGCUGAGGGAAUUCAGGAUGACUCUGCUAUUAUUACUCGUUAUUUGGUACUUGCAAGGGAUCCCAUCAUUCCAAGAGCUGAUAAGCCCUUUAAGACGAGCAUCGUAUUCACUUUGCAAGAAGGGCCUGGAGUGUUGUUUAAAGCCUUGGCAGUGUUUGCAUUGAGGGGCAUCAAUUUGACGAAGAUUGAAAGCCGGCCACAGAGAAAGCGCCCUUUGAGGGUAGUUGAUGACUCGAACACUGGAACUGCCAAGUAUUUUGAUUACCUAUUCUAUAUUGAUUUUGAGGCUUCUAUGGCGGAGCCUCGUGCACAAAGUGCUUUGGGACAUUUGCAGGAAUUCGCAACCUUUCUUCGUGUUCUUGGUUGCUAUCCCAUGGAUACAGCUCUAUGAAUAUCCAUCAUGCUCGCGACGUAAUUAAUAUUUAUGCCCUAUUGAAGCUAGCGACAAAAUAGAUUUGUCCAGAAUUUGUUGCAGUGACCUACAUUCUUUCCUCCAGACAUCAAGAUAGUUGAAACCACAAGAUUGAAGGAUAAGAUCCACUGAUUUUGAAUCCAUUUUCCAGUGUGUUACAGCCAAUUGAGGUAAGAAAUGUAUCAACAUGAAACAACUUUGUUUGUGCGUAGAAGACGUCUCCACGGGUUGAGAUUGAACCCUAGUCUAACAAUCUGGCUUGCAUGAUUUGAUUACAAAUACAUUUUACUGUAUACAUGAGAAAAAGAGCAGUUAGCUCCCACUAAAGUGUAAAUGGACCAUUUGUGUUUCAAAUUCGUAGCUCAGGCGAUGACUUGUCGUUAUAACAUUGUGUAAACUGACAUAUAUACUCCAUAAAGUGCAAUUUUUUAAGUUGAGUAACUUGUCA